CGGGGAAGCGUUGAAAAGCGCUCUUCCGAAACGACCGCCGGGUGGCGACCGCGAGCCCAAAAAGCGGGCCUCGAAAGCGAAGAAGAAGAGGACGGAAGGCGACGAAGAAGUCCGAUUAGCAAGCACGCCGCUAAGCGGAAGCGAAUUCGCUGGUAAAAGUCCCCCGUAUUUUUUUUCUCUCUCUCUUUGCUACUUUUGUGCGCCAUCGGACUCGUCCGCGCUCGUCGUCUCGGUAAUCCGAGCGAGAUAGGACAUCGCGAUCGAUCGCCAGCACUUCGCGGCGACUCCCGCUAGCUCGUUUAGCCCCGCUAGCUGCGAACAAAGAGCGGCGGAAAGUCUCGUUUGCUCGCGCGCGACGAUGUGUAAAGUGAAAAUGCUGCGAGCGCUGGUCAACCAGCGGCUGAACGCGGCCGUGGAGGAAAUCUUUGUGGUGUUGGAGAGAACCAUCAGCGAGUACGAGGACGAACUUUCGCGAACCAAAGAGGAGAACCUGCGACAGCGGCAACUUUUGGACGCGCUCAUGGAGGCGAGCGCGGCAGUGGGAGAGACGUUGGCUUCAGACGUCAGUCAAGACGACGACGAUGAUGACGACGACGCAGACGACACCCCGGAGCAGCGGGAGCGGAGUUCCGGGGGGGAGCAGCAGCAGGAGCAGGAGGAGGAGCGGGCGGAACCCCAGCCGAGUUGCACCAAAGAGCGGCGAGCGCGCGGUCGGCCGCGGGACGGCGCCGCCGACGAGCGGGAGGAGGCGGUGCCGCCGCGCGGCAAGCCUCCCCCCGCCGCGGCUCCCGCGCCGGUCAAGGGCGAGCCGCGAGACCGAGCCCGGCGGCCCCUGGGCGCCCACGGGAAAGCGGGCGGCCCUUCGGUCCCUCCGGUGCCGCCGGCCGAAGCGCCCCGGGGCUAUCGGCCGGACCACGGCCGCUUCGACGCCAAGCACUUCAAAUGCUCCCUGUGCGACUCUGCCUUUUUCAAGAUGUCCGAUUUGCAGCGGCACAUGAUGAUCCACUCGGGAGAGAAACCUUUCAGCUGCACGGUGUGCCCCAAGAGGUUCAUCCGCAAGGCGCAUCUGGUCUACCACAUGAGGACGCACACGGGCGAGAAGCCCUUCACGUGCUCCUUCUGCGCCAAGCGCUUCUCGCUCAAAGGCAACCUGAUGCGGCACACCAGGAAGCACACGGGCGAAAAGCCCUUCAAGUGCGGCCAGUGCGACGCCGGCUUCGGCCUGCGCCCCGCCCUCAUCCAGCACCUGCGCACGCACAGCGGCGAGAAACCCUUCAAGUGCUCCUUCUGCGGCGAAGGCUUCGCUCAGCGCGCCCACCUCAUCGGACACACCCGCGUCCACACGGGAGAAAAGCCCUUCUCGCGCCACGCGCGCGCCGAGAAAUUGUCCGGCCACGCGGGGGCCGGCGAAAAGCCCUUCGGCGGCGACUCGGGCGAGGACAAAUUGCCGCACGGGCGUCAACUGGACAAAGGCGAGGGCGGCGGCGCUCGGACGGACUUUGACACCGACUCCGUUGUGGAGCUCGACCCUCCGAUGGACGCGCAGCCGCACCCGCGCCCGCAAGCCGUCCGUCCAGAGGCGCUUCGGGAGUGCAGCUCCGGCGCGGGGAAGCCAGAGCCCCCCUGCGUCAAAGAGGAAGAGGAAGAGGCGGACGUCAGUCAGGGGGGAGGAGAGCAUCUCCAGGGUCUCCCCCAGGACGAGGACGAGGGGGAGGCCCCCGGCCGCCGGCUCCCGGUGAUUCGAGUCGUGGUGAAGGGCGAAGACGAGGACCGCGCGGCUCAGUCGUCUCAGCUUGGGCGCGGGCGAAGCGGGACGGAAGCCGGCGGCCCCUCGGUGCCCCUGUCGGACGGCGACAACCGGACAAACGAGGAAGACCCCAAGCGAGGCCGUCGGAGAGGUCAGAAGCGCGAGCGCCGCUUCAAAUGCUGCGAGUGCGCCAAAGGUUUCGGCACCAAGCGAAACCUGAAAACGCACAUGAUGAUUCACACGGGCGAGAAACCCUUCAUUUGCUCCGUCUGCGGCGCGAGCUUCUCGCUGAAAGGCACCCUGAUGAUCCACAUGAGGACGCACACGGGGGAGAAACCCUUUGCGUGCUCCAUGUGCGGCGAGAAAUUCUCGCAGAAGGUCAACUUGACCAAGCACACCAGGAAGCACACCGGGGAGAAACCUUUCCCCUGCUCCAUCUGCAGCGAGCGCUUCUCCCAGAAGAGCAACUUGAUGAUCCACAUGAGGUGGCACACGGGGGAGAAACCCUUUCACUGCCCGGUUUGCGGCGAACGCUUCUCCCAAAAAGGCAAUCUGAUGAUCCACACCAGGACGCACACGGGAGAAAAGCCCUACCCCUGCUCCGUGUGCGGUCAAACCUUCUCCCGCAAGGACAUUUUGUCCAAACACGCCAGGACGCACACGGGUGAGAAACCUUUCGCUUGCGCCGUCUGCGGCGAAAGCUUUGCGCAGAGCGGCAACUUGAAGACGCACGUGAGGACGCACACGGGGGAAAAACCUUACGGCUGCGGCCGGUGCCCCGUCAGAUUUGCGUACAAGUAUCAGCUCAACAAACACAAGUGUGCCUCGGAUGUCACUGGCGCGCCGUCGUACGCGAGCCCGCAAGAAGAGCUCAGCGACAACAAGUUGCCGUUCUGGGAGAAGGUGCGCCCGCAAACGGAGCAGGAGAAGGGUUUCUCCACGGCGUGCGUGCUCUUGUGCGUGGCCAGGCUGCCCUUUUGGGAGAAUCGCUUGCCGCAGAUGGAGCAGGGGAAGGGUUUCUCUCCGCUGUGCGUCCUCAUGUGUCGCAACAAAUGUCCCUUCUGGGAGAAUUUUUGCGCGCAGACGGAGCAGGGGAAGGGCUUUUCGCCCGUGUGCGUCCGCAUGUGUCUCAAAAGCGCCGAACGCAGGCUGAAGCUGGUCUCGCAGGCGGCGCAGGAAAAGCUUUUCUCGCCGGUGUGGGUGUGCGCGUGCGUGGCCAAGUUGCCUUUGCGGGAGAAGCUUUCGCCGCAAACUGAGCAAGUGAAGGGUUUCUCUCCCGUGUGCGUGCUGGCGUGUCUCAUCAGGUUGCCCUUUUCGGAGAAUCUUUUGCCGCACAUCAUCCAAGAUGGCGGCCAGCGAGCAUGCGCAGUGUUGAUUUGCAACCGUAAAAAACGUCGAUGCUCUUCGAUUCGGGAGCCGUUUUGCGUCGACGUGUUCAUUUCGUUCCCACUUUUGCUGCUACGUUUCGGUUUUGUCGAGUGGUCGCCGUUGACGCGGCCAAAAACAAAUCGGCUUGCUCGGCUUGUUAGUCGCCGUUGCCAACGAAGGGGCGGAAGCGGCGAAGCGUUGCGUCUCGGGCUGGCCGCAAGCGCUUUUCUUGGAAGGGAACGGAGAACGAAGGGCGGAACCACGGAGGAAAAGCCGACCCCCAUGGAUGCGCCCGCGGCAGGUUUCCCGCAGCUGGAAGGUGUCCCCCGCCAUCAGGGGGAGGAAGAGGAGCAGCCGUCGCCCCGCCGCUUUAAAGAGGAAGAGGAAGAAGCGGACGUGAGCGGGCCGGGGGGGCGGCGGCGGCCACAAGGCGAGGAGGCGGACACGUGCGACUUUCCGGUGAUUCGGGUGGUCGUGAAAAGCGACGACGAUGACGAAGAUUCGCCGGCGCCGGCGGAAAGCUCGUCGGCGAACGGGCCGGACGACUCAAAGCGGCGUCCCCGCCGCGCCAAAAGUUUGGCCUCCGAGUCGGCCGCGAAGGCUCACGCGGGAGAAAAAGCCUUCGUCUGCUCGUUGUGCGGGAAAAGCUUCAGCCAGAAGGGCACGCUGACCAUCCACAUGAGGAAGCACAGCGGCGAGAAGCCUUACCCGUGCCCGGCGUGCCACAUGGCCUUCCGAGAUCGCUCCACAUUGCUCAAGCACACGCAAACCCACACGGGGGAGAAGUCGUUCGCCUGCGCCGUGUGCGCUCAGAGCUUCGCCCGGAAGAGCAACCUGAAGGAACACGCCAAGACGCACAGCGGCGAGAAGCCUUUCGCCUGCGCCGUCUGCGCCAAAGGCUUUGCCAAAAAGAUCAACUUGAAGGCUCACAUGCGAAUCCACAGCGGCGAAAAGCCCUUCUCGUGCUCGCUGUGCGGCGCCGCCUUCCGCUUCCGCUCCUCCUUGAUCCCGCACAUGCGGACGCACACGGGCCAGAACUUCACCUGCUCCUUCUGCGGGAAGAUCUUCUCGCGGACGAUGAGCCUGCUGGAGCACACCCGCAUCCACACGGGCGAGAAGCCCUUCUCGUGCUCCGUGUGCAACCGGACCUUCCGGCUGCAGUCCACCGUCGCCAACCACAUGAAAACGCACAGCGCCGCCAAAGCCUUCGCUUGCCCCGUGUGCCACUCGCGUUUCACGCUGCAGGCCACCAUGGCCCGGCACAUGAGGACGCACACGGGCGAGAAGCCCUUCCCAUGUCACGCCUGCGCCCGCCACUUUGCUUACAAGUAUCAGCUGGACAAGCACCGGUGCGCCGGCCACACGAGUUGACCCAAAACGUCGGACAGCCGCAAUGACGGUGGCAAAAUAAGGAGAAAACGCAUCACGUGCGACAUUUUUACUUCUUCAAAACUCAUUUCGGUUGAAAGGUGAAACCAC